UGCAGGAAACUAUUGGAACAUGGCCGAGCAAAAGACAGUAGACUUUGUGUGGAACUGCGCACACAAACUGGAAGCACAAUCGCACGUCGAACGGCUGCUAAAGUCCCAUUACAUUACAACCUGUCGAAAAUUCGCCAGACACAACGUGCAACUCCCCGAAGACAGCUUCGGAGCGGCACGGAUAUGCGCCCGCUGUGGAAACCAGUGGACCGAUGGCAACUACCAGCUCCACCUGCAGCCCCAGCGCCUGGCGGACACUGCCAAAAGAAAAAGACUCGUCGCAAAGCUGGAAAUGGCCAAGGCGAGUCAACAGAAAGGCUUGCUGAGCACUGGGGCAAGGAACAGGGCCAAGUGGCUGAGGAAGCACAUGGCCAGCAACAUUGUUGUGGACUGCGCCGUUUGUCAGCACAAGACAAUGCUGUCACUGGAAAAGCGGAAGGGGAGAAAACGGGAUAAAGCCAACGAUGAAACAAUAGCAAGCACAACGCCGACGUCACUUGAGGAGACUGCAGCGACAAACCAACAAAAAGGAAACAAUAAGAGGGUCUUGAAUAAAGAUAUUAAAGCAGGCCCGAAGAUUCCACAGCAGGAAAAGGCAAAGGCACCCACAACUCCAGCACGCCUCACGAAAUCUACCCAUCCUGCCGCUGCCAAACACAAAACUCCGAAGCAGAAGAACAAAACGAAAGCAGCGCAGUCGGCACCAUUCUCUGGCAAUGGGACGAAGACGCAAUCAAAGACGCAGAAACAAAACGCGCUGCUGCAGCUGGCUGCUCAGCUGAAGUCGCACGCGUUUAAAGACGCGAGCAAGUCGCAGCAGAACCGCCUGCAAGCGUUCCUCAAGUAGCGUGCCAAGCAAAAGCGAAAAGCGCUUGCCAAUGGACUUAAGUACACAAGAUUGUUGUUUAGUUGAAUGAAAAUACUUGUUAUUGCACAUAAUUAAGCAUUAGCACAAUACUAAACCCAUUGGGGCAUGAAUCAGA